ACUACGAGUGCAACACAAGCUGCAAGUGCCAGUAGAAGAAAGAAUGAAGCGAUUCAUGUUUGUCCUAUUCCGGGUUGUGGUUCAACGUUCACGCGAAAGUUCAAUUUGAAUGGACACAUUCGAUCUCAUACAGGACAAAGACCUUAUCAAUGCCGUGCUCCUGGUUGUGGAAAGAGCUUUGCAAGAAGUUUUGAUUUGAGCAGACAUGAAAAGUUACAUGCGGGCGUUAAACCACAUACAUGUGAAAGUUGCGGAAAAGCAUUUGCAAGAGCUGAUGCACUUUCACGACAU